AUGGCAACCCUGGGUCAAAACAACAGCAACAUACCGCAAAGCAGUCAGGUAGAUCCAGCUCAAGCGCAGGGUGCUCAAAUUCCUCUCCAGACGUUUUCGCUGCCACAGUUUCCGUCGCAAGCUGGUGCUUUGAAAGCACUUACCUUGACCUCCGAUAUCAAACUCGACGAUUACCAGACGCUGCUUUCCGAAUCAUUCACCAUCCCUCCUCUGCCUCCGGGUAUCGAAUCGCUUACGCUAGAGCUGUUUACUUUGGGAUAUCCGGUUGGCUGGCUGAGUCAAUUGGCAGAUCGUCUGCCUAAUCUCAAGAGCUUGGUGAUCUAUAGUCAGCUUUUCGGCGGUGUUUCUGAGGAAUCACAGGCUGAUGGUGUGGAGUUCUUCAAGAAGCUGCCUGGACUGCGAGCAUUGCAUCUUCUUGAUGUCUUCGCCCAGCCCAAGUUUUUCGAGAGCAUCGGGCCUUACGUGACUCACUCUACCGAUGAAGAGAGUGCGCGACGAGGCCUGAUGUUCUUGGAGAUCAACUACACAGUUCAGCAUUCCGAUCCAGAGUUCUUGGGAAAGAUUCAAGCGACCGAGUUGAACAGCUUAGUCGGACCCGGUUUAGUGACAUUAGCCUUCAACGUCAGCGAGGCCGAUGUAACCGACGACCCAGAAGACCCAACAAACAACACCGAGAAAUCCGCCGAAGAAGCAGCAAAAGAUGGUGUAGUAGCUCUGAACAGAACACUAGGCUCUACCCUCGUCAAAGCCCUCACAGACGAGACCACAAGACCCAGAGGCCUACGAGUGCUGAAUUCAACCCUCUUCACCCUCACCACCACGCAACUCCAAACGAUCCUGGAAAAGCAAAAAGCCCUCAUGGUACUCAACGUAACCCUCGAAGUCGACAAUCACGAAGCCUUCAAGAAAGACAUCCUCUCCAUUCUUCCUUCCCUCGAAUACCUCGAGCAAGUGGAAAUAGUAGCGAAUCCAAGCCUCCAAUUCUUCCUCGCUAUUCAGAAUAUCAAACACAAAGCCUUCGAAAACACUUUCCCCUCGGCAUCAGAAAUAAAAACUCUAGGCGAAAAAUGUAAACGGCUGUCAAGUUUCAAAGCCGAUAUCCUACGGUCGAGCGCUAUGCAAACAAUCGAAUGGGAAAAGAAGGAUGAUAGAUGGUCAGGUGGCAUCGAAGCGGCAAAGACGGAAUUGAAGAUUACUGAGUUGGAGUAG